GACGCAUGUCCGUCAAGGUCAACCAAUCAGCUUGCACGUUGUUGGUCGGUGCACCGGUUUGCCGGUCGGGUUCUAACUUGAUAAAGGGGAAGGAGCUGUUGGAGGCAGCAUUGGUGGUGUACUGUUAUGGACCCCAGGGGUAAUGUCGAGACAGCAGACCAUCCGGAGGGGUUCUAUUUGCCGAUCCCAGAUGAAGCACCGUGCAAGAAGGAGCAGGAGAAGCUGUCGGGGGUCGUCAAAAACGUCCACAGAAAACUGCGCAGGAAAUACAGAGAGGUGGGUGACUUUGACAAGAUUUGGCGUGAACACUGUGAGGAUGAGCAGACUCUGAGUGAAUAUGCCCUCGCCAUGAAGAAUCUUGCAGACAACCACUGGAACAAAAACUGUGAAGGAGAGGGACGCAUCGAAUGGUGUCGCAGUGUCUGUCAAGAAUAUUUUUUGGAUGGUGGGAUGAAACGAAUGUUAGAAAAGGAUGAGAAAAGUGCCACACUCGCCAUGGGUCUGACUGCAGAAUCUGUAAGUGCCCAACCAUACAGCACCAUCCCCAGUUCAAUCUCUGAGCUGGGGAAAAUGCGCCUUCUUGACGUGGGAAGCUGCUUCAACCCGUUCUUGAAGUUUGAUGAAUUCCUUACAGUUGGUAUUGACAUAGUGCCUGCAGUUGAGAGUGUGUACAAGUGUGACUUCCUCAAUCUUCAGCUCCAGCAGCCUCUCCAGCUAGCAGGUGACGCAGUAGAAGCCUUCCUCCGCCAGCUCCACAACCCCAUUGACGCUCUGCCUGCUCAGCUUUUCCAUGUGGUGGUCUUCUCCCUGCUCCUGUCCUACUUCCCCUCACCAUACCAGCGCUGGAUCUGCUGCAAGAAGGCCCACGAGCUGCUGGAGCUGCACGGCCUACUGCUCAUCAUCACACCUGACUCCUCCCACCAGAACCGGCACGCUCUCAUGAUGCGCAGCUGGCGUGUUGCGGUGGAGUCACUAGGCUUCAAGCGAUACAAAUACGUCAAGUAUUCUCACAUGCAUCUCAUCGCCUUCCGUAAGGUGUCUCUGGCCACCACCAAUGACCUGGUGUCGCGCAACUACCCCGAGAUGCUCUACAUCCCCCAGGACUUCCAUUCCAAUGAGGAGGAAGAUUGCGCCGACAUGCCCGUGCAGGUGCGCUCUGAAUUUGAGGAUGAGCAGCUAGCUUGGAGCUUCACAGAGCUACCUGACACGCCCUGUGAUUCAGAUUCUGGAGAAAGUCAGAGCAGCUCAGUGCCUGGCUUUCAGGAGCUAGAAGACCCUAUCCUGCUUCAGAGCUAGGCUACACCAGCUAUUUCCCCCUCCCUCCCCUUCUCUCCUUUUCGCUAUGUAACUCCCCUUCAACUGCUGCGCUGCCAAAUUCAACCUGCUGCAUUCUUCUCCAACUUAUCCUCCCUCUCCUCCUCGAAACAAUGCAGUUUGCACAGUGUGAAAGAGAGAAGUUUACAAAUUAUUUUCUCAUAUCCACACCUAUGAGUGCACACACAUACACUGACACAUGUACACAUACAUAUGCACUUAGAUGGAUAUAUUUUCAUAAAUAGCUAGGUUUUUUAAGAGUUGGAAAGUGAAUGCCCUGAAGAUGUGUAAACGCCCUGCUCCUUGAGUUUCAGCCUAUUUUUCAAUCAGCUCUCAAUAACAAAAGUUAGCUUGUCUACAUUCCAUACUCAGCCUCUGUUUGAAUAAGCUAGUGAGGCAGGCUGCUUAGUACAAAAGCCAAAUACAGCAACCUGAGCAGUCUGACAGGAGUUUGAUUGCACUUGAGAGGUGGAGAUGGAAUGACUGGACUUGGUACGCUUGCUACUGUCACAGUCACGCAGCUAGACUUUCUCUAAAUUCUUGAUGGACAUUUAUGUUUCCAAGUAAAAGAAAAAAAAAAAGUUUGAUCUCAAAUAUUCUUAAGAGUCAAAACAUUGGUGUUGUCCAUUGUAAAGUGUGGCAAUGCCAUUUUAACUUGGCAUCUCCUGAAUGAUUUGUGGGUCUUUUACAAGAAAGUGGUAUUUGUAGCAUUUUAUAUAUUUUCAAAACCAAAUGGUUAGGAGUAUUACUAGUAUACUAAUGUGAAAUGUUAAUUGUGUUUACUCAUUGUGUAACAAGGUACGAGUGUUUCAAAGUAGGUAUUACACUUUUGUCCUCCGUGUUGUCUUAACAAAUAUUAAUGCUGAACUUGCUUUUAAAUUUCCAGUCCAUUUUCUGAUCUCAAGCAGAUGACUAGUACAACACUGCAAGUGCAGUGACCUAAAGGAUCUUUGUAGCACCAGUAUCCCUUUGACACAAUUUUUGUAACUUUGAUGUGAAACUACUCUGCCUCCAAAAAAAAAAAAACUGCAGAUCUGAGCUACCCAUGGUAAAAAAAAA